AUGUCCAUGGAUCCCUUUGCAUUUGCUAGCUACAUUGAAGCGCUCACAACAAAACCUUGUAAUUUCAAGGAUGUUCCACUGUCCCUUAUCGGGACUCUCUUGCCUGACCCACAUCUCUCUGUGAUGUCUUUUCUCGAAUUUUCCCUUCCACAAUUGCCACUCGAGGAUGCGGAGACACAUCUCACCUACACAUCUUACAUUCCUAUCACUCCCCUUGACCUUAAGGUGGUCGAGUCUCUGCGAUGGCCUCCACUAUACUCUAUCAGGCAUUUUCUUGCUCUGAGUCCGCCUCCUGGUACCCGAUCUAUCGCCAUCAAUGACACCCCAUAUCCACUGAACUUAGCUCCAGUCCUGCAAUCCAUACUAUUGGUGCGGGAUCUCCAGGACCUAUGGCGUACUGCCUUCAAGUGGCUGACCAAUGGCCUGCGUCAAGAGGCCUUAUCGCUUGAGUUGAAAGAAAUUUUCCACUUGUUGCUUGGGAUGACCACAUGGUCCGAAUGUGUUCAUGGCUUCAGGGACAUGCUGGGGGUGAGCUCGCUGGUACGGAUUGUGUCACAUGCGUGUCUGAAUGACACUGACCAUGAGCGGUACUGCUCAAUUCUUCGUGGAGAACCUGAAAUAACUCGUGCUGCCGUCCACGUUGCGUCCCCCAACUUUUUUGAUCGGGUCCGUGAAUUUUUUGGUGAAGAGAAUUUGCCUCCAAAAGUGUAUGGCUCUCGAUCUUACCGUUUUAUGCGAGACUGUGCAGCGCAAUUAGCAGAUGGGACAUUGGAGACACUUAUUGGGAUUGCAUUUGUCAAUCAAAAUCACUGGAUCGCUAUUGUCAUAGAAGGUAGAUCGAAGACCAUCCGAGUUGGGGACUCAUUGUUUCAUCCAACAACUGCCCAUAAGGUCCCUAUCUGUGCAGUUCCACUCAUUAAUGCUCUUUCCCGGUGGCUUAUGUAUCCUCCAUUUGCUGCGGGGUCUGUUGAAACUGUUUUAAUUCCGACUACACAUCAAGAUGACGUUUCUUCAUGUGGUCUACAUGCACAGAACGUGCUUGACAGCAUAUUUCGACCAGAAAUCAAGUACCUAUCAACUUCGCAAUUUCGCCUCUGUUUAUUUGCUUUUAUGCGGGUUCUGAACCACCACUUGCUUAAUACUGGUGCAUCAGUUGAUGGCGUGGUCGAACAGACACUAUCACUAUUGGUACCCUCCAUGACAUUGUCUCUUCUGCCUACCUCUCCCACAUCGUUAAGGUCCCCGCUUCCCUUUUCCCCUGCCCCGACACCACCCUCAUCUCCCAAAGCACUAGGGGCUGCAGCUAAGGCUCCGAAGGAAAUCAUUCCGAAGGUUGAGAAGGUGAUGAAGUUAAAGCUGGAUCUCUGUUCAGACAUCUCCAGUGCGGUGGAUGGUGAAGGGCUACUCAGUUUUUUCCCCCAAAUAACCCCGGAGCAAAAGGUUCUUCAGACAAAGCACCAAUUUGAAGAGCUACGUGAAUCCCAGGACUCCAGGGCCAAAGCUGUGAAGUUGAGGGCAGUGAUGGUUGCGGCUGAUCGGAGGGAAUAUGAUCGUGUACGACAAGCCAAUUAUCGUGCUAGGAAGCGGACAUUUGAUGGGGAGUCAAGGAAGGACAGUGGGAAAAGGCAUCAAACUGACACUCCAGACACCGUGACAGACCCAGAAUCACAUUCUACUCAGUUGAAUGUUGCUCAAAUUUCUCGUGCUAAGCGUGGAUUGGCAGUCAUCAAACACGAGUUACAUAAGGUGAAGGAACCUCACCGAAGUGGACGGAAACAGACAAAAGAGGUCAAGGCUGCUGUACGGACCUAUUGGUGGGGCCCUACAUUCUUUUUGCUUCUAACAGAGGCUGCAAAGAAAGUUCAUUGGGCAAACCCGUCGAAAAUUGUACAGCAGGCACAACGUACCUCGCCUUCACUCUUCAAGAAGCUCACUUCUCAAGUAAUUGGGAGACAUAUCAUCAAAGGGAAAGGGUGGAAUGAGGAUGCUUUGAGGAAGGCAGCACAACGAGAUUCUCCAGGUGGUAAAACAACGCGGCGGGGGAUUUUGGAUGGCUACCCCGAAAUCACCGCUGAGAUUACUCAAAAACUUAAGGGCUUGAGACAGAUAGGCGCUGCAGUAUCUCUUAAAUUGCGCCGACGGAUGGUUCGCAUCCUUGUCAAGGCUUUCCAUGAAGUAAACAAGCCCCACAUCGUACUUAAGGCCUUCGAGAAAGCGCAAUCUGGUGAAUUCAGUCUAUCACAUUCCAGCCUCACAAGCCCUGCCAUGCUUGACAUCCUGAGGACUCUCCACAUCGACAACCCACUGCUCUUUUCCGAGUUCUCAAAACCUCGAUCAGCUCCAAUAGCACCACGCAACCGCACUCAGCGUGCAGAUGGCACACAAUUGGAUGAGCCCCCAUUCCCACCUGAUGUCAACGAACCAUCUGAUAUUCCCUUCGACGCCGCACUUACACAUACUCUCACAGGGGAGGUUUGCGAGGGUCUUAUGCUUCAACCUGGCACCCAAAUCCUUCAGCCACGGCCUACAUGUUGGAGGAGCAAGUCAUAA